AUGAGGUCUGAUCUAAGCACCGAAAAAUUCGAUGCACUCUGCAAGUUCCACCAGGAGUGCGGACACAAGACAGAAGACUGCAUCGCUUUCAGGCAAGAGGUUGUGAACAUGCUGCAGCUGGGACACCUCAAAGAUCUGCUGAGCAGCAAGGGGAGAAAUAACUUCGCCAGAGGACGUGAACGCCUAGGCCCGCCAAAGCCACCAUCACCAGCUCGCACUAUUAACAUAAUCAUCGGCGGCGGCGAUGAUGCCUCCAUCAAUGGCGUUAAAUUCACUGCCACUCACAAGCUCAAAAAAUCUAUCACCCGUGAAUGGAAUGACAGACUCGAAGAAAGUAUCAUCUUCAACGAGUUAGAUGCUGAUCGUUUGACUUUCCCUCACAAUGAUGCCCUCGUCAUUGCUUUGCACAUUUUAGAUACUGAUGUUAAACAUAUGAUGUUGGACGAUGGUAUGUCUGGCCUUAGGUUGAAAGCAGUGACGAGCUAG